AUGACAAAACGUGCUGUUUGGUAUCUUUAUUUCACUUUUGUUGUAAUAGAGCUGACCCAGAAGAGGCGUAAUUGUGGACGUUCCAAGCAUGGCCGUGGGCAUGUCAAGUUUGUUCGUUGUACAAACUGUGCACGUUGUGUCCCAAAGGACAAGGCUAUAAAGAAAUUUGUCAUUAGGAAUAUUGUGGAGGCAGCUGCAGUCAGGGAUAUAGCUGAUGCCAGUGUGUACGAAGUGUAUGCUCUUCCCAAACUGUAUGUGAAGCUUCACUACUGUGUCAGCUGCGCAAUUCACUCCAAGGUUGUGAGGAAUCGUUCCAAGGAAAACAGAAAAAUCAGGGUCCCUCCUCCAAGGUUUCCACGUAGGCCUGACAAUCCUCAAGGGCAGCGUCCAGGAGGUGGUGUUGGACCACGACAAACUACAUCAUCGUAAAUCUGUCUUAUUCCAUCAAAAGAUGAGAUAAUAAAGUACUGCUUGUUAAAAUCAA